CACAAAACACGCGUGCGUUUGGUGAUCGACGGUUUUGAUUCCCGCCAUGGAUGCCCUCAUCCACUCCGCGGCCUCUCGAUUCCUCGCCCGGCGUCCCCACCGCCCGGACCGUACACCUCUCCGCCAGUGCGUGUUCUCCGUGAGGUCGAGUUUGAAAAUCCCAGUGCCGGAGCAGAAAGCGAAGUAUUGGGAACAUCUGCAAGCAGCUGUUGAUGUCGUCGAGCGCGCCUGUCGUCUCUGUGUUGAUGUGCAAAAAUCAUUGUUCGCAAAUGAUGGAAACAUCGUCGAAAAAUUGGAUCAGACACCUGUCACCAUUGCAGAUUUUGGAGUUCAAGCUCUUGUUAGCCUAGAGAUGGGCAAAUUAUUUCCGUCCAUUCCUCUGGUAGCGGAGGAAGAUUCAGGAUUCGUACGCAAAAAUAAUCUAGUGGAUGCUGUUGUUCAAGUGGUUAAUGAUAAAUCGUCAUUAAGAGAUGAAGCAUUUAAUCAAGAUGAUGUUUUGAAGGCAAUUGAUAGAGGGGGGAAAGAUGCAUAUUUGUUUGGACGAGAGCCAGCUACUUAUUGGGAACUAAAGAUUCUCUUUGCUAGUUUCUCGUCUAUUAGUUCUAUGGGACGUGAUGUCAUGGAGGUAGGCCUGGCUUUAGUUGUUGAAGGAGAGAUUGUUCUGGGUGUUAUGGGAUGUCCAAACUGGCAGUAUGGAGAUUCUGUCCCUGAGGUCGAGGGAAAAGAAAAUACUGAUUCCAGAUCAGGGAUUAUUAUGAUAUCCCACAUCGGUUGGGGAACUUGGAGAACAACAUUGUGGAAUGCGCAAAAUAGUGAUACCAAAUUGACUCACAAGUGGACCAAGUGCCUGGUUGACAGUCUUCGCAAUGUUCAUGAAGCACGCUUUUGCAUUCCAGAGAGUCAAACGUGGGAGUCUUUGCCCCUGUCAAUUCAGUUUAAUGCCACUACUCAUGCUGACAAUGUUGGGGAAAAUAAUGUUCUUCUUCUCCCUGCAUGUUGUGGAAGUCUAUGUAAGUAUCUGAUGGUUGCAUCCGGGAGGGCAUCGGUUUUCUUUCUUCGUGCAAGGUCCAAAUCUGUUAUCAGGGUGUGGGAUCAUGCUGUUGGUGUCAUAUGUAUUCAUGAAGCCGGUGGAAAGGUGACUGACUGGAAGGGUAGCAAACUCGAUCUUUCAGCCGAUCAAACUGGAAGAAGAAUCUUAUAUCCUUCUGGUGGCAUUCUGGUGUCAAAUGAUAGCUUACAUAACCAGAUACUAGACAUUAUAUCCUCCAGCUGAUGAAUCUUUCAUGUUAUCUACCAAUUUGUCGAUUUCAUGCUGUCGAUUUUGACUGAUAUUGUUUUCCAUUUGUUACCCUUUGAUCUUUUGGAAUGAGACUUGAAUUUUACCUUAUAUACAUGUGAGUCCUUGUAGAUUGUAAAGAUUUACCAUCGCACAGAAAAUUAUCUUGGAUCGAAAUGCAGGCUUGAUAACAAACAAGAACCAAUAGUGUAU